CUCACCUCACUUCAUUCACUCUCUUUGCUUGUUCUUGGUAGCUUGUUCACCGGCCAGCUGCUGCUCAAACCAAACCCGCUUGGUAGGAGUCUAGGAGAAGACAGUCCUCGAGAUAUGGAGGUGGAGGUGCCGAUGGAGUAUGGCAUGACCGUGACGACGGUGGCGGAGGAGCAGGGGUGGGAGACGCCGAGGAGGGACGACUGCCGCAUCCCGGCGUUGCCGGCGUGCCCGCCGCCGCCGCCGAGGAAGAAGCCCGCGGUGGAGCUCGGCAAGGCGGCGCCGCGCCGGGAGCCGCCCAAGGGUGGCUACUUCCAGCCGCCGGACAUCGAGUCCCUCUUCAUGCUCGCGCCGCCGCGGAGGCACGCCACCUCCACCUGCGCGUAAACGAUCCUCUGCAGACUACAGCAACUAGCUGUCUCCUACUCCUAGGGAAUAGACACUAGCCAGGGAUGUUGGCUGCACAUCUUGUUUUGGUUUUGGAGAGAGGAAGAUGUGCGGGCGCGUCCCUCUUCUGCUUCAGUUCCUGACGCGAAAAUGGCAGUACCAAGAAGAAUGCUGCUUGUGUGUGUGUGUCCCCCUCCCUGGCCUGCUGGCCAUAGGUAGGUGUAUGUAGUUGGGAGAGUAGGAGUAGGAAAGGUUCGAUAGUGUAGCCGUACAGAAGUGUGCAUGUACCGUGUAGAUGUUCUUACAAAAAUGUUCCUCCCUUGUGCUACUUGGAAUAUUGUCUUUGGAGGCCGAGCUCCGUGGAGCUCGGUUUUGAAAAA